UACUCACUCCACCUAUUUUAUUAAUUAUAUAUUGAACAAUAAUUGUUUUGGAGUACCAAAUUACAGCAAAAUCCAUCAAAUUCAUAACACUUCUUUCCCAAAUCCCAACUAGUAUUUCUCUAUCUUCCCAGCUCACACACACACACACACACACACAAAAACACUCUCUCUCUCUCUCAAAAAAAAGUAAACUACCAACAUGAUAUCCACUCCUUUGAAGAACAAUUGAAGCAAAAAAAAAAAAACAUCAAAAAACCUCUUUGGGGGGUUUUAGGUAUUGUGUUUCCCUCAAAAUGAGCUCAAAAAUCUUGAUUUUUUUCACUAUUUUAGUUUCAAUUUUCAUUCUUACAACAUCAGACAUUGUCUCAGACCGUACUACAUUAUUAUCUAUUCGAUCUGUUUUACGUGGUCGUUCACUUUUAUGGAAUAUUACAAGUCCAACAUGUUCUUGGCCUGGUGUUAUUUGUUCACCUGAUAAAUCAUCAGUUCUUGAACUUCAUUUACCUGGUAUGGGACUUUCAGGUCAAAUCCCACCUGGUUUAUUCUCAAAUCUUACUAAGUUAAAUUUCAUUAGUUUAAGGUACAAUUCACUUUCAGGUGUAAUACCAAAUGAUUUGUUUACACCACUUCAUGAUUUAAAGAACUUGUACCUUCAACAUAAUUUCUUUACAGGGAAAAUACCUGAUUCUAUUUUUAAUUUGAGUAAUCUUGUAAGGGUCAAUCUUGCUCAUAACAAUUUUUCAGGGUUAAUCCCUGAAGAUUUUAAUAAGUUGAGGGGUUUAGGUACACUUUAUUUGCAAGAUAAUGGAUUUUCAGGUCAAAUACCUGAUCUGAAUUUACCUGGUUUGGUUCAGUUUAAUGUGUCUGAUAAUCAGUUAAAUGGUUCAAUUCCUAGUAAACUUUCAGGUCAACCUAAAGAUGCAUUUUUGGGUACUUUACUUUGUGGGAAACCACUUGAUUCAUGUAAUGGUGGGGGAGAUAAUGGGAAAAAAAAGAAACUUUCUGGUGGAGCAAUUGCUGGUAUUGUAAUUGGUUGUGUUGUUGGUUUGGUUUUGCUUCUUUUGUUGUUAUUCUUUUGUUGUUGUAGAAAAAAGAGUGAUAAUCAAGAAACAAGAUCUGCUGAUGUAGCUGGUGUUAAUAAUAAACAAGUGGAAGUUCAAAUUCCUGAAGAAAAAGGUGUUGAGAGUAAUAAUGGUGGUGGAAAAGAUGGGUUUUUGGGUAGUGCAAUUGCAGCUAUUGGAGUUGGUGGGGGUAAAGAUAAAGGAAAAGCUGAGGCUGUUUUAGCUGAUGGAAAAAGUUUAGUGUUUUUUGGUAAAACGGCUAAGAAUUUCAAUUUGGAUGAUUUGUUGAAAGCUUCUGCUGAAGUUUUGGGCAAAGGGACAUUUGGUACUGCUUAUAAGGCUGCUUUGGAAUCUGGUAUUACAUUGGUCGUGAAAAGAUUGAGGGAUGUAACUGUACCUGAGAAAGAGUUUAGGGAGAAAAUUGAAGAUGUUGGGCAAAUGAAUCAUGAGAAUUUGGUUCCUUUGAGAGCUUAUUACUAUAGCAGAGAUGAGAAGCUUCUUGUUUAUGAUUAUGUCCCAAUGGGAAGCCUUUCUGCACUUUUACAUGGCAACAAAGGAGCAGGUAGGACACCAUUGAACUGGGAAACAAGGGCCGGCAUUGCCCUUGGAGCUGCACAAGGGAUUUCUUACCUUCACGCACAAGGCCCCUCAGUUUCACAUGGCAACAUUAAGUCAUCCAAUAUCCUCCUCACCAAAUCCUAUGAGGCCCGUGUUUCAGAUUUCGGGCUUGCUCAACUCGUCGGUCAGUCAUCAACUCCCAACCGCGUUGCAGGUUACAGGGCACCAGAGGUAACCGACCCUCGUAAAGUCUCCCAAAAAGCAGAUGUCUACAGUUUCGGAGUCUUGUUGUUGGAACUCUUAACGGGGAAGGCUCCCACGCAUUCAGUAAUGAAUGAAGAAGGCGUUGACUUACCGAGAUGGGUUCAAUCUGUUGUACGAGAGGAAUGGACAGCUGAAGUAUUUGAUCUUGAACUCCUUAGGUACCAAAACGUCGAGGAGGAUAUGGUCCAACUCUUGCAACUUGCAGUUGAUUGCACUGCUCAGUACCCAGAUAGACGGCCUUCAAUGGCCGAGGUCACUAGCCGGGUUGAAGAACUCUGCCGUUCUAGCUUCAUCGAUUCUGGAGGCGACAUAAUUGACAAUGCAGAAGUGCAAACUGCAUGAAAUUGAUCAAGAAAAUUAGUUCCAUCACAUUAUUUGCCAUUUUUUUUUUUUUAAAACGUUUUCGAUUGAGCAUUUCGAUUUCUUUGUUCAUUCUUGGAGUUCUUCAGUGAAGAUCAAUUGUUCAUUUUUUUUUUUUUUUUUUUUUUUUUUUAAGGAUUUAUUUUCCAGUAGCAACAGAGUUCCAUUAAGUUCUGGUUGGCAGUUGAAAUGGGGCUGUUUUUUAGAUAUUAAUGUAUUCUUUUCUGAAGGUGUGAUGAACUGUAUAAAUAAUUGAGAUGACCUUGUAGUUACAACUCAUUGCAUAA